GAGAUUGCCUGCGGAGAGCGCCUGGAAACGCCGGGCUCCGAGCUUCAGAGGAUGUUCCGGCUCUUAUUUCCCAUGAGCCUCUGGGCCCAAACUAACCUCCGUUUCUGGGUCCCUUUCCGGUGUUUUCGAGAUUUUUGGACUCUGCGCGGAGGAUCUUGACAGUGAAAGUGUCUCGCUGUAGUGAGGAGCUACAGCUACAAGAUGUUGAAGAGCUGCUCUGGCUUUUCUGGACUCUGUGCUUCACCAGUAGAGGAACCCUAUGGAGCAUUAAUUAGUUCCUGCAAUUCUAGAACCAUGACUGAUGGCUUGGUGACAUUCAGGGAUGUGGCCGUCGACUUCUCUCAGGAGGAGUGGGAAUUCCUGGCCCCUGCUCAGAGGGACUUGUACGUGGAUGUGAUGUUGGAGAACUAUAGCAACUUGGUCUCACUGGAUUUGGAGUCAACAUAUGAGACCAAAAAUACAUUUGCAAAAAAGGACAUUUUUGAAAUAAAAUUUCCCCAACAGGAGAUAAAGGAAAGAAGUAAAACCCUUGGCUUUGAGGCAUUCCUUUUCAAAAAUAAUUGGAAGUGUAAGAGAAGAUUUGAGGGCCUCCAGGGACAUCAAGAGGGAUACUUCAGUCAAAUGAUAAUCAGCUAUGAAAAAGUGCCCACUUACAGAAAACGUAAAUCUCUUACUGCACAUCAAAAAAUUCAUAAUCAAGAGAAACCUUACGUUUGUAAGGAUUGUGGGAAGGCUUGUAGUCAUGGCUCAAAACUUGUUCAACAUGAGAGAAUUCAUAUGGCUGAAAAACAUUUUGAAUGUAAAGAAUGUGGGAAAGACUUUUUAAGCGCCUAUCAACUCACUGUGCAUCAGAGAUUUCAUACUGGUGAGAAACCUUAUGAAUGUAAGGAAUGUGGGAAGACCUUUAGUUGGGGAUCAAGCCUUGUUAAACAUGAGAGAAUUCAUACUGGCGAGAAGCCCUAUGAAUGUGAAGAAUGUGGGAAGGCCUUCAGUCGUGGCUAUCACCUUACUCAACAUCAGAAAAUUCAUAUUGGUGUGAAAUCUUACGAAUGUAAAGAAUGUGGAAAGGCCUUUUUUUGGGGCUCAAGCCUUGCUAAACAUGAGAUAAUUCAUACAGGUGAGAAACCUUAUAAAUGUAAAGAAUGUGGGAAGGCCUUCAGUCGUGGCUAUCAACUUACUCAGCAUCAUAAAAUCCACACUGGUAAGAAACCUUAUGUAUGUAAAAUAUGUGGAAAGGCUUUUUGUUGGGGCUAUCAACUUACUCGACAUCAGUUAUUUCAUACUGGCAAGAAACCCUAUGAAUGUAAGGAAUGUGGGAAGACUUUUAAUUGUGGCUCAAGUCUGGUUCAACAUGAGAGAAUCCAUACUGGUGAGAAACCCUAUGAAUGUAAAGAAUGUGGAAAGGCCUUUAGUCGAGGCUAUCACCUUACUCAACAUCAGAAAAUCCAUACUGGUGAGAAACCCUUUGAAUGUAAAGAAUGUGGGAAGGCCUUUAGUUGGGGUUCAAGCCUUGUUAAACAUGAGAGAAUCCAUACUGGUGAGAAAUCCUAUGAAUGUAAAGAAUGUGGAAAAGCCUUUGGUAGUGGCUAUCAACUUACUCGACAUCAGAUAUUUCAUACUGGCAAGAAACCCUAUGAAUGUAAGGAAUGUGGGAAGACUUUUAAUUGUGGCUCAAGUCUGGUUCAACAUGAGAGAAUCCAUACUGGUGAGAAACCCUAUGAAUGUAAAGAAUGUGGAAAGGCCUUUAGUCGUGGCUAUCACCUUACUCAACAUCAGAAAAUCCAUACUGGUGAGAAACCUUUUAAAUGUAAGGAAUGUGGGAAGGCCUUUAGUUGGGGUUCAAGCCUUGUUAAACAUGAGAGAGUUCAUACUGGUGAGAAAUCCUAUGAAUGUAAAGACUGUGGGAAGGCCUUUGGUAGUGGCUAUCAACUUCGUGUUCAUCAGAGAUUUCAUACUGGCAAGAAACCUUAUCAAUGUAAGGAAUUUGGAAAGACAUUUACUUGUGGCUCAAGCCAUGUUCAACAUGAAAGAACUAAUAAUAGUGAUAAACCCUACAAAUAUAAAGAAUGUGGGGAAGCCUUAUAUGGACAGCUUACUCAAAUAAGACAGUUGAUGCUGGUGAAACUUUAUGAUUGAAGAGAUGUGAAAGAACAUAUUUUUGUGUGUGUACAGACAACUUACUUAACAUGAGGAGAAGUCUUACUCUUGAGAAACCUUAUGAAUGUAGGGAAUGUGCAAAAGCCUUACCUGUGUAUGGACAAUUCACUUGAUACCAGAAAAUUCAUACUAGUGAGAAAUAUUUUGAAAAUGAGGAAUAUGAAAAGGCCUUUAGACUUCUGUAUGAUCUUAUUGAACAUCUAUACUGAUGUGAAGCCAUUUAAAUGUAGGGAAUGUGUAAAGAUCUUUAUUUAAUUCAUGGUACAAAGUCUCAUAAACAUUGGAAAAAUGCUCAUUACUCUUUAAGGGAAGGAUGUAAAUUUAAUUUGGUUCUUGCCCUGCAAAUCAGAGAAUUCAUACUGCUGGGAAAUCCUGUGAAUUUAAGGAAUGUGGGAAGACUUGUAGACAUGGUAAACAUCUUAGAGUACAUCAGGGAAUUCAUCCAAAUGAGAAAUCCUUUGAAUUAGAACUGUAGGAAGGCUUUUAGACAAGUGCUACUCAAACUAUUGGCCAGAGACUUUUUGCCAGUUCACAGAAUUGUUACCUGUCAAUCAUGGGAUAAAUGCAGAAAGUGAGAGUGUCUGGAAACUUUGAUAGCAAUUUGACUUUGCCAUAACAUCAUUAUAUUUUACAAAAGUAUCAGUCGAUGAAUGAUUGGAAAUUAAAAACAAAAAGUUUGUCCUAUCCUAGAUAAUUUGAGAGACAGCAUUCACACUUUUUAAAACAUGACACAAGUCACAAUGUGACUUAAUUAGAAGAAGAAAUCCCUCCCUUGUUACCUCCCUAAUUAAAGUAGCAGAAUAUUCAUUCCAUAGGAAGAUUUGGCUAAUGUGGGAAUCACAAUUUCCUUCUGCCCAUAAGAGCAUAGAGAAUUUAUACCAGAUAUGUUGAUUUAGUGAAUGAAUAGAAGCUUUCCAACACUAUUCAAUCUUUGUUAAACUUCAGCAAACUCUUCCUAGAGAAUAACCCUGUUAAUAUCACAAAUGUAGGAAACACCUUAUCCAUGGCAGAAACCAUACUUAUUUUUAUCACCAUUCUACCUCCUUAUUGUGGGAUGUUGGGCAAACUGCUUAUCCCCUCUGGGCAUCAUGUUUAAAAUGCUGGUGAUGGUAGCUCUGUAAUAGUGCUGUUGUAGAGAUUGGAUGGAUGUAGUAUGGGUCAAAUCCUUGGAAGAGUAUCUAGUAUGUAGCCUGUGCUCAAUACAUACUAUUGUUCUUAUUAUCAUCAUCAUAAAUAUUACUACUGGCGAAGUCUUAGGAGAGGAAUGCCCAUUUCAUAUAAUGAAUUUAGAAAAGCUUCCCAUAACCACUCAUCCAUUUGAAUUUCAGGUGGUUCAUUCUGGAUAAAAGAUCUAGUAAAAUGUAAAGAAUUUGAGAGGAUUUUUAUUCAUAAUUUAUCCCUUAAGCUGCAUCAAAAAUUAAGACUAAAAAGAAACAUUUUGGAUUUAGUAAGUGUUAAGAUGUUGGGAUUAUACCUGGAGAAGAAUCAGAGAGAGAUGUGAAGCAAUUUGCUGUAAUGAAUCCCAACAGACAAUUAAUAAUUAAAAUUCUCCACUCACUUUUUGAGGUAAAUUAGAAAUUAAAGAGAACAAAAAGAAAACUGUCCAUUUUUGAAUUCUUUACCAAAACUUUAUUAUGAUCAUUUUUUAGACAUUCAGAAAAAUUUAAAGAACAGUAUAAUGAACAUCCAUCUACUCUCUACAUAGAAUCAAGAAUUCUAAACAUUUGGCCAUUUUUGCUUUCUGAAUAUAUAUUCACACAUGGCAUUUGGUUGUCAUGUCUCUAGAUUUUAGUCUUGAACAGACUUUUUGAAGAUUUCAGGAAAGCUAUUUUAUAGAAUGCCAUACAUUCUAGAUUUUGUUUGUUCUCUCAUAGUGAAAUUUAAUUUGUACCUCUAUCCUUCAUAUCUCUCAUAAAAUCAAGUUAGAGCUAGAGGAUUAAAUAUUUUCCACCAGAACAAUUCAUAGGAGGUGACAUGUACUUUUUAUUGAAAGACAUCAUAAGCAAUUAAUAUCCAUUUUUCCCACUAUCACCAGUGCUGUGUUUGAUCAUUUGAUUAAGAUGGUGACUGCUGG